AUGAUGCUCAAAUGGAUAAAGACCCUCACAUCCAGGCUUGUUCACAAUUGCACCCCUCCCAUCUUAGCGCUGGAACCGAUGCACCUUGCUCCAGUGGUGUGGGUGAAGGCUCCCACAGCAGUGAAGUUGAAGAGUCUCGAGCGAGGAGUGGAGGGAUUGGAGGAACAGACAAUGAAGCAGUCUCAGAUUGCUUUCAUGUUAUCUACAGAGGAAGGUUCCUUUACCGGUCUUCAUUCCCAUUUCCUAUCUCUACAGCUUGAUGAACGUCUGCAGUUCCUUUCUUGGCUGUUUGAAGGUGCUAUGGCAAGUUGCACACUCAAGUUGAAUGAGAGCGUGCAGUCAGUCGUUCACUCAGAUUAUCAUGAGGAGAUUGAGCAAACUCAGCGUGAGCAUAGUAAGAGGAGGAAGGGCCAUUGA